AUGGUACCCUCUUCAUCUUCCCCUCCCAACGGCAAAAGAUAUGUUCAGCUCCGCCCCAAGGAAGGCCGACUUCUAAUCACGUUUCCUGAUGGAACCUCGGGAUCCGGGGAUUUCCGACGCAAGAAACAUGCCCAGUCUCAAAAGAACCAGCGAGACCGUCUGAAAGGGGCAUUUGAGCAAAUGGCCCAGGUGCUACGGGACGGUGGCGUCGACCACGCAGGGAAAGGGGCGACCAAGCGCGAUCAAACGACCACAUGGUGCAUCGGAAAUGCCAGCGCUGCGUCGGGGAAUUUCCCUGUUGCUUUCCACCCUCGUAUCGUCGCCUCCUCCGAUGCAGCACAUGCCGUCGAGCACGGCGCAGACUGGUCCAACGUCUCCCGAGCACUAGCGGAAUCAGGACAUACCGCUGAUGCCAAGGGAUGCCUUGGCGUCGCCAAACGAACCCCCUUUGACUACCUGUUCGCCCUCGGCACCAUCUUUGCCUUCCUCGAUGCGUGGAACAUCGGUGCCAACGAUGUCGCCAACUCUUUUGCUACCUCCGUUUCCUCGCGGUCCCUGACGUACUGGCAAGCUAUGGUCAUUGGUUCGGUUAUGGAAUUUAGUGGAAGUAUCGGUGUCGGAGCCCGUGUCGCAGAUACCAUUCGAACCAAGAUCGUUGACGUGGACCUGUUCGAAGGUGAACCCACCAUGCUCAUGCUGGGCAUGGUGUGCGCUGUGUGCGCCUCUUCUAUCUACCUUACCGUUGCCACCAAAUUCGGUAUGCCGGUUUCUACAACGCACUCUAUUCUGGGCGGCGUGCUCGGUAUGGGUAUCGCGGCGGUGGGUGCCGACGGUAUACAGUGGUGGGGAGGAGACGUCAACUCCGGUGUGGUCCAGGUCUUUCUGGCCUGGAUCAUUGCCCCCGUCCUUUCGGGUUGCUUCGGUGCCAUCAUCUUCCUGUUCACCAAGUACGGGGUCAUGUUGCAUGAGAACGCCGUUGUCAGAGCUUUCUUCUCCAUUCCCGUAUACUUUGGCAUUACCUCCGCUCUUCUGACUAUGUUGAUCGUGUGGAAGGGUGGCUCAAGUAGAAUCGAUCUCACCAAUGCCGAGGUCAUUGGAGUCAUUUUUGGUGUCGGGGGUGCCGUAGCGCUCAUUGUCGCCAUCUUCUUCCUUCCCUGGCUCCAUCGCCGCAUCAUCAAGGGUGACUGGCAGUUGCGAUGGUACCACGUCUUCACGGGUCCUUUGGUGCUGCGUCGCGGCGAGGUGCCCCCUGCCCCUGAAGGCUAUGCCAUUGUGCAAGACUACUACCGCGGCCACAAGACCAUGGAGGAGCUGCAGGCGGAGCGGAACACCCCGACAGACCCUGAACAUGCCGCUGAACAAAGCAGCACUGAGCAAACCACCGAGAAUGGCACCGAGAUCCACAAGGAAAGCCAUACCACAUCCACGGCCGCCGAAAAAUCUGAGCCGUCCAGCAGUGCGCCCCCUUCGACCAACGAGCCCGCGCCCUUCAGCUUCAUCGGCCCCCGUCCCGAGGGCAAGGGCACCUUCCACCCUGUCAUGCUCUUCUGGCAGUUCCGUCGCUUCUUCUUCCGCGGUGUCGAGAAGGAUGUCAUUAGUUUGCAGAAGAAACGUAACAUCUUGACCGGAGAUAUCGAAAUGACGCACGCCCACGCCAAACACUACGAUAACCGGGCCGAGUACAUGUACUCGUUCCUGCAGAUCAUGACUGCCGCUACCGCGUCGUUCACCCACGGUGCCAACGACGUCUCCAAUGCCGUUGGCCCCUACGCUACCAUCUAUUUCAUCUGGUCUACCAACGAACUCAAAUCUAAGAGUCCCGUCCCCUACUGGAUCCUUGCCUUCGGUGGUGCUGCCAUCUCCAUCGGUCUCUGGACCUACGGCUACAACAUCAUGCGCAACCUGGGUAACCGCAUCACGCUGCACUCGCCUUCGCGUGGAUUCUCCAUGGAACUCGGCUCGGCAGUGACGAUCAUCAUGGCCACGAGACUGAAACUCCCUGUCUCCACCACGCAAUGCAUCUCCGGCGCCACCGUCGGCGUGGGUCUCUGCAACGGCACCUGGCGCACCAUCAACUGGCGCAUGAUCGCGUGGAUCUACUUCGGUUGGAUCAUCACGUUGCCGGUCACAGGUAUCGUGGCGGGCUGUCUGAUGGGUAUUAUUAUUAAUGCGCCGAGAUGGGGCAUGCCGCUUUGA